AUGAAAGCUUUCAUCGAGAAAGAGGCCCAAGAAAAAGCCAAGGAGAUCCGUGUCAAGGCUGAUGAGGAGUACGAGAUCGAGAAGUCAUCGAUUGUUCGCUCCGAGACCGCAGCCAUCGACGCCGCCCACGAACAGAAAUUGAAGAAGGCUGCAUUGGCUCAGCAAAUCACCAAAUCCACUAUUGGUAACAAGACCCGGUUGAGAAUCUUAUCUGAGAAGGAGAAGGUUUUGGAGGACAUUUUCAGCGAUGCUGAGGAGGCUUUGAAGGCCUUGACUGCCAAGGAGGCCGAGUACAAGCCUAUUUUGGAAGGCUUGAUUGAGGAAGGUUUGUAUGCCCUCAUGGAGGACACCGUGACUAUUCGUGUGAGAAAGAGCGACACCAAGGUUGCUGAGAGUGCUGCUGAGACCGCAGCCAAGAACUUCGCCGAGAAGGCCAACUUUUCUGUAGACAUUUCCAUUGCUGAAGACGCUUUGGACAGCAACAGCGCUGGAGGCGUUGUGCUCCGCAACAAGAGCGGCAAGAUCGAGGUUGACAACACCUUGGAGGCACGCUUGAAGUUGUUGUCUGAGCAAGCCUUGCCAGGUGUGCGUUUGGAGUUGUUCGGUCCCUCCGAGUCGAGAAAGUUCUUCGACUAA